AUGGGUGCAGAUCCCAUCUUCCUCCUCUCGCCUCUCUCCAUCCACACGCGCAACAUGCUUGCAGACCCUCGCUGCACACUUGUUGUUCAGAUUCCCGGGUGGAGUGGGCUUGCUAACGCGCGAGCCACCAUAUUUGGCGACGUGUAUCCGGUGCCGCCGUCCCAGCAGCAAUGGGCGCAGCGCUUCUUUGCUCGCCGCCACCACCAUGGCGCUGCUCAGAUGUGGGGCAACUUCAGCUACUACCGCAUGCAGCAGAUCUGCGACAUCUACUUUGUGGGUGGCUUUGGGACAGUGGCAUGGAUAGACGUGAAGGAUUACCUGGCUGCCACACCCGAUGCCAUCGUGCUGCAUGAUAGCGAGGCCAUUCUGCAUGAGCUGAACGUACGGCUGGGAUCGGAUCUGAAGCGCCAGCUGGCGUCGAUCCUGCCGCAGCCGGUGGACGAUGCACUGUUCAUCAGCAUCGACGGCAAGGGGGUGGACAUCCGCGUGCGGCACGGCGCCAAGCUUUGA